AGUUACCGCACAGAGUUUAGCGUGGCAGGGGGUUUCUUGGUGAAUACAAAUUCAGCAUUUUCACCUGAGCUGGAAGGCUUUUCAGGACCUUGAUACUGUCAAAGCAGUGACAUUACCUUGUUCUCUUAACUUGCAGCAAGUAUUUUGUGUUUUGGCCUUUAUGUUUACAAAAGGAAAGCCAGUGUCCAAUAAGUACACUAAAGUUGAGCCCAAGGGGUACUUUAAGACAUGUGGCCCAUGGUCCCAGGUGGACUCUGGUGCAGUAAGUUGGCCAUAUACGAAAACCGAGCCACACUAUUAACCUGCGGAAGUGAGAUAUCUCAAGGAAAGAUCAUGCAUGUCUAGGACAACAAAUAGGAAAUCUGUGAUGACGUGAAAGUGUUUUUGAUCACUAGAUUUUAACUGUACUCUUAGCCAUUGGUCUGAAAUUAUGGAAGGCAGGUCAGGAAGGGAACUGAAGCACUGCUACAGGCUUCCAGAUACUGAGCCUUUACAUAGGAAAUAAGCACAGCCACUUUCAGCCUCCUUUGCUUUGCAAAAACCCACAAAACCACAGUUGGUUGUGUUUCAUAUGGAGCCUGGUCCUGAGAGAGUGUUAGGUGUGUGCUAUAAGGACCACUACAGUGCUGGUGCUCUUUGGGAGUGUCGGCAGAAGUCUCCCUGCUGGUUAAAGCUGGGGGAGGCUGCUAAGUCCUGUUGAGUCGGAUAGACAAAGGUGAAACAAUUUUGGAGGAGGAGGGUGAGGAAAAAAGUAAAGUAUAACAAAAAUUGAGAUCCUCAGAAUUUAAUGCUGAAGGCACUGGAAUUUCCAUAAUUUUCAACUUAGAUGCCAAGGUGUUCCUUUAGGCAACCACCCUUCUUUGCUAGAUCUACCCUCAAAGGCUGUGAAAAACAUUUAACUAUUUAGCAACGGCAUCUGUUUCCUAAUGAGAAGCUCUAACCAUAUGUUAGGCUGGUAUCUUCCUCACAGUGGAUUGAGACAAAGUAUGUUUUGGGAAAGGAGUCAGUAGUGAACAAGUGUAUUUUAUUUUGCAGCCUAAUACUUGGUAUCACAAGCAGCAGAAUCACCUUUGUUUGGUUUGUCAUAGUUUAUUAACUUUGUCCUUUUAUGAAUGAUGACCUGGGGCAGCACAUUUUGUAUGUGCAGUGAUUUCAAAGUGGCCUUCUUGGAAAAUGCUUCUGCUCCAAAGCUUUUCUGGAGAAGCUCAACAUAAUUGUAGGGCAUUGACCACAGACUUCUAUUCACAUAGCUAAUGGAUAUUCAAACUGCAGCUUGAGUGUACUUGACAAUGCUCUUCUGUUCCACCCAUUUUCCCCAAUGAAUUAACUUGCAAGUGACAUUAAUUAGAUGCCAUCCUACUAGCGGGCACUUCAGUUUCACAGUUGUGUUCAGUUCCUCAGUGGCUUCCUUUACUGUGAUACAUGUUCCUCCCUCCGUCUGCCCUCUGAGUCAGUGCUACUGUGUUUUGCUCAGUGUGCCUUGCCUACUUUUUGUCUAUCUGGCUAGUAGGAAAUAAGAUAAUUUCUACUUCUUGCCUUUUGGUGUUCCUGCUUGUUUCUAGGCAAUACUGCACAGCUGUCUAUGCCACAUUUUGUAGUCUCAAACAAUAACACUUAUCACACAUGUGCCUUCUAAAGUGUUGGCAUUCUUUUUCUGGUGCCUUACUGGUGUUACCCUGAUGCUCGCUGUGUGAAUGCAGUUAGCUAUGAAGGCAGCUCCCUGCCUCAUGGUAUCCAGGGCUGUGGACUCUCACAGCAACAUCUCACAGAUGUAAUAUAAAAAAAUAGAUCAGAAAAUGCACCAUGUCUGCUCUCUUGGCUGUGUUGCCACUCUGUCAGUAGCAAAUUUCAAACCUGUAAGUAUGAAAGAUCCAAAGCCUCAUAAACUUUGAGGUUACUCAACCACAGCAGCUCAUUGACCACUGAAUCUUCAUGGGAUCUCACAAACAGUGUCCCACAGUGCUGCUUGCCGUGACGGAAAACUGCUCCAGUCCAGUGAUACUGAAUCAGGUGAACAGUUCCUUCUGAUCUCAAAUUGGAUGGUUGCUGCCUCUUGAGUUACCUACUUCUGUGUUAGAAGCUGAUGAAAUGGGUCUGGUAUGCAUUGGUUUGUUCUGAUAAAGGCCUAUGACAAAUAAAGUUGCUGACUUUUGAAAAGAAUUCUGAGUUAAUUUCUCCUCAGCCACCACCAGAAAGUUCAAGAGUACAAGCUUUGCUAUUGAACUAUGGAUGGAAGCGAAGAUGUGCCAAAAGACUUUAUCAAGCUUAAGUCUGAAAAGCUCUCUGUAGAUGAAGUCUCAGAGCUGGUAAUUUCACCAUACUGUGGGGCAGUGUCUCUGUUCAUUGGUACUACAAGAAAUAAUUUUGAAGGAAAAAAUGUGAUUCACUUAGAAUAUGAAGCAUAUACUUCAAUGGCAGAGACUGAAAUAAAGAAAAUCUGCAGAGAUGUUAGACAGAAAUGGCCAUCAGUCAAGCAUAUUGCAGUGCACCAUAGACUUGGCGUGGUUCCAAUAACUGAAGCAAGUGUAAUUAUUGCAGUCUCCUCUCCACACAGAGCAGAAUCUCUUGAAGCUGUAAUGUACUGCAUCAAUAGCUUAAAAGCAUCCGUCCCAAUAUGGAAAAAGGAGAUUUAUGAGGAUGAAUAUUCUUGGAAAGAAAACAAGGAAUGUUUUUGGGCAAAUUCAAAAAAAUAACUGUACUCUUUUAAAAAUAAAGUGUUACUGUUCCUGAUGAGCACACUGGUUUAGCUACAAGUUCUUUUCACAGAAAACCUAUAUGAUUUUAUGCAUUUGUAAUAGACAUUUCAACCUGUGUCAUUUAAUUAGGAAUGAAUGAAAUUAAGGUAAUAAUUUUAAGUGUUCUUGACAUGACCUCUGCGUUAAAAUGCACAGUUACUUUUUAAAACAAUCCUCCCUAAAAUAAUUUGUUGCAAGGUCCUCUGUGAUACAUACUGCAUUAAUACCUUUAACAUGGUAGUCUCUGUUCACCGUCUGCAUAGGAGGGCACAACAGAACAAAAGCCCUGAACAGUUUAACUUUGUGUGACUGUAGAAUCUCUUUUCAGACUUUAUGCUAUUUUGACAUUCUUGUAACAUGAAAGCUACUUGAAGUAGAUAAAACAUUUUGGCACAGAGAGAGAAUACAAUAUAAACUAUAACCCAGUUACCAACUUUUUAGUAGCGGUUACAUUCUAGUAGCUCUGUCUUACAGAAACAUUUUUACUGUGCAGAGUACUUUUUUUUAUUAGUGCAACGCAAAAUCCAUUGCAUUAAAACAAUAUAGACAGAUGUUGAUUAAAAGUUAGAUAUGAAUCACCAGCAACACACUUGGAUUAGCAGUAACAUGCAAACCUGUAACUACUUAAUGAUGUCUAAACAUGAUUAAUUUUGAAGUAACUUUUCUAUCUGUAUAAUUGUAUGGUGCUGCAGGGGUUGGGAAGCCAGCUAUUAUUACAUAUAGACAACUGUAACUUUAAUUAGUUUUAGUAGUUUGACUUCAGAUAUGUUAGGAUUCAAAGUCAUUGAAGUGGAUUAUUUUAUCAAAGGAAAGUGAGUCUCUUGAGCUUCUUGCAGUUUGUAUAUUCUCAUUUAUGAUUUUAAUACAGUUUUUCUGUUGUUCUUUGAAACCUAGUUAGAAGAGAAAAUGAUUGACAUAGCAUACCUGUGAUUCCACCGGAAAAAAAUGGACUGCUCAUCAGAGUAAGAUCAACAUUUCUGUUAUCGUACAGUGCCAUCAUAGUGUUUAGAUUGUAGAAGCUCAAAGUCUCAUCGUGUAUGGCACUCUUAUGAAUGCUGAGAGGCAGCUUUAUCUAGUCAAGACAGAUAUGUAGACAAGACAGAUAUAAAGGAAGGGAAAAGAGGAAAAGAAAUAUAAUAUUACUUGCUCAAGUUCAUGCGUCAUUACAUCAUGCAACACUUAAGUCUCAGCUUAUCCCUCCAUUUCCUUGUGUCUGCAGUAAAAGCCUACAAAGUGCUGCUAGCUGCACAAAAUAAACCAAGAAAAAUGUCUUUUUCCCCCAGUGAUCUCAAUCAGUUAUUAUAAUACUUAGUGGUAAUAACUGUAUCUGGAUCAAGUUAAACGCCAGUGAAACACACAACCUCAGGCAGAAACAUGGUUAAACUGUGCUUGGUAACUUGCUGAUGCACUUUCCUCAAUGGAAAUGAGUCUUUCCUCUGCAGGACAGCAGCUGCUCUUUGCGUGCUUACACAUAUACAGCCUCCAUACCAUGUGGGCCCUAUUAUCUAGGCAGAGUUGAGCAAGUUCAAAGUUGAAUUUUCCUUUGCUUUGGGGGCUGAAGAGAAGCCCUCUGCUACUUGAAUGUCAUUUUUACCAGGAGUUGUACAGAAUCCCAAGUACAGAUCACUUCCUCGGUCAAGUAAUGAUUUUUGUUUUCAGAAAAGAAAGACACAAACUUUCCCAUUUUUUGUGUUCAUUUUUCUGUGUUCAUGAUUGCUGUUACCAUGCAACUAAUAGGUGUAUUCAUUUCACAAAAAUA